AUGUAUGGCGCCAAAUGCAUUCCUUCAGCAAUGGCACUGAAAUUUUGUGCAACAAAUUCGGGACUCCAAUUCAAUUCAUCACACACAUCAUCUCCAUCACUCAAGCCCAAACCUCUUGUUGGUCUCAGAUCCCACAGAUCCUUCAAAAGCUAUCGAAACCAAAGGCGUCUUCAGAUCUGUCAAUCCUAUUUGGUCGAUGAACAACAGCAGGAGACCUCGUUCUCUGACGCAGAGAACCAGCUCAUCGCGAUCGGGAUCCAAGGUUGUGGCCGAUCCGCUUCUCCUCGCCAGCUCAAUGAUGUGGAGCUGGCGCUGAAAGUUCUAGAAGGAUUGGGAGGCGUACCUGAUCCAACUGCAGACGGACUCUAGUUUGAUUGAAGGUCGCUAGAAACUGAUGUUUAUUACCAGACCAGGAACAGCAUCUUCGAUUCAGGUUUGGAUGUUAUUCUCUGCUUUAUAUAUAUGACAAUUUGACUGAUGCAUACAUCUUCAGUGUUUGUAUGGCUCCAUUAAUGGCUUCAAAUAUACGGCCAGCAUGUGCUUGUUGAAAGUACAGAACCAUCUGAGCAAAACCUACCUCUUUUGAUUUUGGAAGGGAAAGUUAGAAUAGGUUUUUUCUUGAGUAAGGAUUGUUAUUUUUGUAUGUUGAUGAUUUUCUAAGCCUUUUUUAUUGCUCCUUCAAUCAAUCAAUUUGUUGAGAAAUAACAAACUUGUUAGAGGUAGUAAGCUGCUUUUGUGUGAGAGAGACCAACGGGCCAGGUGUCCGAUA